AAUGUAUUCAGGGAAACGUUUGUAAGGUCACACGUGAGGGGAGGUGGCAUAUUUAUCAGAUCAAAUUGGUCGAUGGCCGUACCAGGGCAUGCCCUGCUCUUGCUAGCUUGCUAAGCUAGCUAACUAACUAUAGCUAGUAUGUCAUGACUUUGUCAAGUCAGAACAACGUUAAGUAACUUGCUUUGAUGGCUGUAUUCUUGUGGAACAUUUCCAGCUUUAUCACACCAUUGGAAAUGAUCAACCAUAUUCAGCUUUUUCCACCUAGCUAGUUAGCCUCAACUAUCCUGGCAUGAGAUGGUGUCCUGAUGGCGACGGAUGCUGUUGCACAGUUGGCCGACUCUCUGGCAAAAACUCAGGUGACUGAGGGAGAGUUGAGUUAUAAAGGCCAAGGACGUAAAUUCGACAAUGCACAAUCUGUACUGUUACUGGAGUGACAUGUUUACUGGGCGACUGCGUUCUGAGAUCCCUCCAGCCCUGAACUCCCUGGGUGCAGCCCUGAUGACAGCAGGCGCCAGACUGACCGUGCUGGACCUCAGUGACAACGCCUUUGGACCAGACGGGGUGAAGGGCAUCGAGAAGUUGCUCAAGAGCACUGCCUGUCACACACUGCAGGAACUGAGGCUCAACAACUGCGGCAUGGGCAUUGGUGGCGGCAAGAUCUUAGCUGCAGCGUUGACGGAGUGCUAUAAGCAGUCCAGUGCACAGGGCACCCCCCUCGGGCUGAAGGUGUUCAUCGCAGGCAGAAACCGUCUGGAGAACGAUGGGGCCACUGCCCUUGCCCAGGCCUUCCAGCUGAUGGGUAGUCUGGAGGAGGUGCACGUGCCCCAGAAUGGGAUCAACCACCCUGGGGUGACUGCUCUGGCCACUGCCAUGCAACACAACCCCCAGCUCCGGGUCCUCAACCUCAACGACAACACCUUCACCAAGAAAGGAGCUAUCGCCAUGGCACAGGCUCUGAAACAUUUGCGCAGUGUCCAGGUGAUAAACUUUGGAGACUGCCUGGUGCGUUCUGAGGGGGCUAUAGCCAUCGCAGAGGCAGUCACCGAGGGGCUUCCCAUCCUCAAGGAGCUGAAUCUGUCAUUCGGGGAGAUCACAGGAGAAGCUGCACUGCUGGUGGCACAAUCAGUCGAGGGCAAAGCCACACUGGAGAAACUGGACCUAAAUGGUAACUGCCUGGGGGAGGAGAGCUGUGAUGCUCUCAGAGAGGUAAUGGAUGGCCUGAACAUGGGAGACCUGCUGGGAUCACUCAGCGACGAUGAAGGGGAGCUGGAAGAAGAGGAGGAUGAUGAAGAAGAGGUGGAUGAUGAAGAAGAGGAGGAGGAUGAUGAGGAGGAGGAUGACUAUGAGGAGGAGGAUGAUGAUGUGGAGGAAGAAGAGGACAGCAGUGUGAAUCAGGUUUCCUCCCCUCCGUCAGUGCCCCGACCCCCAGAUGCCGCCUCCUUCCUCUGCUUCCCCUCCCCCGACAAGCUGCUCAAACUGGGCACCAAGAGGGCCCUGCUCUUUGAACAGCAGGUAGAUGUGGCUGAUGCUGGUAAGACAGCGGAGGCUUUCCUGAAAAUCUCCUCUGUGUACAAUGAGGAAGAUGAAGAGGUUAAGAGUGCUGUCCUAGACAGUAUUGAUGCAAUUCUCAGGAAAGCCUUCGCAAGCCCCUCCUUCCAAGGUUACAACUUUGUAUCAUCGCUGUUAGUAAUGCUGGGACUCCUCAAGAGUGAGGACAAGGUGAAGCCGGUACAUGUGGUGCCUGGACAUUUGCAGGCACUGGAGUACGUCGUGCAUCAGGACUACUUCCCCCAGGACCACAUCGCUGUGCUGGAGGCCUUCAUGUCCCGACACGUCCAGGCCCUGGAGUCGUGCAGCAGCGCCAGGAACAUCCUCAAGUCCACGCUGGAGCAUGUCAGGCCUGAGAACUGAGUCACACCGGACCACACAGACACUCUCACGAACUUAUGAACAGAACAAUUCCCACCCCCAGACAUAAGGGGGCCCUUAGCGCACACAACAAGGACUUAACUGUUGCACUGCACUCUAUUUCGCCAACUCAGAAGACUCACAGCUGGAGCCUUGCCCAUCAUCUUAUGGACGUACAUUAUUUUAUGGAUGGACCGAUUUGAAAUAUUGCAGACAAACAGUUGGGAGAUGAAUGGUGUAUCCUGCCUCACCUGCAGUGAAAGGACUGAAAUGUGAUCUUAAACACAGGUUCUCUCCAUAUUUACCCAAUAAGUAAUGGUUUUAUGUUAAAUGGAUAUAAAAUAUAAAUGUGUGAUAUGGGCUGCUGUGGAAAUGUGAUUUUGAUUUGAAUCAAAAGGGAACUGAAUAAAUGUGUUGAUUUCUUUGUUGCAGCUAUUAAACAGACACUAUUUGGGUGUCUGUAUACUGAAUGGCCUGGGAACAUUUCAAUUCCACAAUUUAGCAAGCACUACCCUGAAUAAGGAUCUAGUCCAACCAUGUUUACUUUUUACAGUGGGAAGAAACUAUUGAUCCAGGUGUAGGUUCUUUCUCCUCCCAAAUUCUGAAACCUACACUGAAUAAAAAUAUAAAUGCAA